CCGUUCUCGGGUGUCAGAUUGGUGCCGCAGUCAGUAUGGCCGCUUGGAGCUUCGCAAGUUAGUCUCAUUUACCGUCGGGAGACAAUGGGCGCCGGUGAGCAGGGCGUGGGUGUAUUGACGUUGAUGCUGAUUCUCGCAGAAGUGACCGCACAAGCUGCAGUCCAAAGAGAUGCUGAUGCUUCAAAAGUUUUGACUACUGAGAGGAAUGAAGUAAUUUCUAAUUCAGUCAGUGAUGCUCAACUUGAAGAAACAGAUGGACAGACUAAAGGGAAAGCCCACUUUCCAACAGCAGAAAUGGCUGAUGCAGUCCUGGGAAGUGGAAUUACCUCAAAUGAAAAGGCUUUACUGUCUCUAAUGCAGAAUAUUAGAAGUGAACACUCUUCAUUUGAAGGCAGAGAUGCUCUCUGUACUGGUCCAAGUGGAGAAAAGGGAGAAUGUAGUGUUUUGAAGGAAAUGUUUCCUUCCUUUUCAUAUAUCUCGUCCAGUAGUCAGGAGGGAGAGCUACUUGAAAAGAAAGCCACAAAUGUCAUGGAACCAGCAAGGACUGAAAGCACAGCAGUGGAAGAGUCAAAUGUCACUGGAAUAGCCAAAGCACCAAAAGUAAACUGUGAAGAAAGAAAUAUCACUGGAUUAGAUGGCUUUAUCGUACAAAUCCUUAAUGGCUCACAAGACCUCAUGGAAUUUCUGAAUGCCAACGGCAGUGACUGUUCUGUAGUCCUGUUCUACACACCAUGGUGUCGAUUCUCUGCAGACCUUGGUCCACAUUUCAACGCAUUACCACGUGCUUUUCCUUCCCUACAAUUUCUGGCACUGGAUGCAUCUCAGCACAGCAGUCUCUCUACCAGGUUUGGUACAGUUGCAGUUCCUAACAUCCUGCUGUUUCAGGGUGUCAAGCCAAUGGCAAGGUUUAACCAUACAGACAGAACACUUUCAACCCUGAGGGCAUUCAUCUUUAAUCAAACGGGUAUUGAAGCAAAUGGCACAGUUGAAGUAACAGAAGAAGAUCUAAUUGGUCCACUUCCCAGUGUUGCAGUGAGAGGCAUUGACUGGCUGCUCGUCUUCUCUAUAAUGUUUGUCUGUAGUUUUCUAAUUUAUGGUACAGUUCAGUCAGAUAGUAUCAAAUGGUUAAUCCCAGGACAAGAGCAUGAACACCAGGAAUGAACUCUUACAACGAGCUAGUUACAACCUAGAGCAAAGAGCAGCUACACUGGUACUCCACACUAUUUAUGAAUAAAUGAGUUAGCUUUUUAUCACGUUUCUGUUUUGUGUGGGAAUUUAUGUAAAUAUUUGUCACUGUGAAUAAACUUAGUGUUUACCAAAUGACUAAUAGUUUGGUGAGUCGUACAUUCAUAUGAUUAAUUUUUGUAUGACAAAUUUAUUUGUGCAAUAUAUAGAAUGAAUACCUAAUGCCAGUUUUAACAUGAAGUGUUUCAGAUGGGAUGCAAAUUAGUAAUAAGUAUUGAAAUUAAUUAUAUUGAGGAUGGAAAAUUGAAUCCUAUUUAAAGCUGUACAAUGGGCACUAACACAUUUAAUCUUGCGGUUAAGAAUAAAACUAAAUCCACUGGAUUCU